AUGCUUAAUAUCCUCCUUAUCUUCUUCUCCCUACAAUUCGCUUUAAUCGCUUCCUUCGAAUCUUCUGAGAUACUAAACAUAAUAGGUAACGUGUUUGACGGCAAAUUAAACGAGGAAGAAGUUAAGAAACUCGCUGAAGAAAUUUCUUUAAUAAAAGAGGUUUAUGAUGUUGAGAUAAAUGAAGAACAAAUUAGGAAGAUCGCUGGAGAUAUUGCACAAAUUAAUGAGCAAAAUGGGGGAUAUUGGAAAGCAAAAGUAAAUUAUUACUCCCUUUUACCGGAAAAUGAGCAAAAGAGAAUUUGUGGAGUACAAAAUAGUGGAAGAGGCAAAAAUGGGGGCGGAAAACCGGAAUUUCCUAUACUCGAAAAGUUGGCUAACAACGAUGAUUGUGAAACUGAAAUUGAAUUCGAUGCUCGAGAACAAUGGCCAGAUUGCUACUCCUUCAUCAACUAUAUUCAAAAUCAGGGUAGAUGUGGCAGCUGUUGGGCUGUGUCGACAGCUUCUGCUUACACUGAUCGUAGUUGUAUUCAACGUUUAAUAAAUGGGUUGAGUACGUCCAUUGAUGAUCCUUCCCUCCAUUUUUCUUCAACUGACGUGAUGAGCUGUUCGAUUGAUUAUGAUGGUUGUGAAGGUGGAUGGCCUUCUAAAGCAUGGCAAUGGAUACAGAGCAAUGGAGUGUGUACAGGGACAGAUCAUGUUUGGAACAAUGGAUGCAAGCCUUAUCCUUACGAACCAAAAGGAAAAGCUGAACAAGUAAAGUGCGAAGCAGAAUGUAAAAACACAGAUUGGACUACCGAAUAUUCGGAUGACAAGCAUUUUGUUAACUCCGUUGCUUUUCUAAACGAAAAUAACUCUACAGAACAAGCUAUAAUAGAGGAACUUCAAACCAAUGGUCCUCUAGUAGCUGCAUUUAUGGUCUACAAAGACUUUUUCUCAUACAAAACAGGAGUCUAUUUUAAAACACCAAACGCUACAGAAGUAGGAGGGCAUGCAGUUGUUGUUAUUGGACAUGGAAAACAAACCUGCAAUGGAAAGGAAAUGCCUUUUUGGCUUGUAAAAAAUUCUUGGGGAACCGAUUGGGGCGAUGAAGGCCUUUUCAAAAUUCGUCGUGGGGUGAAUGAAUGUGGAUUUGAAAAAGAUGAAAUUUCUUAUGGAAUUCCAACUGUAUAA